GAACUCGUCACGGCGGAGCUAUGGACCGUAACCCGUCUCCUCCGCCGCUGAGUCGCGAGGAGGAGGAAGACGAGAAGGUGGCCAGGGGCGACUGCGUAGGGAGCACGGUGUACAGCAAGCACUGGCUCUUCGGCGUCCUCAGCGGGCUCAUCCAGGCUGUUAACCCUGAAGACAGCAAAUCAGGUCCAGAUGAGGAGCAGAAGGUGGAACUUGAUGAAGAGCUGGAGAAUGACAUUUGCCGAAUAUGGGAUAUGUCGAUGGAUGAGGAUGUGGCUUUAUUUCUCCAAGAGUUUAAUACCCCUGGCAUAUUUAUGGGAGUAUUGGCCAAGUCCAAGUGCUCACGAUUAAGAGAAAUCUGUGUGGGAAUUUUAGGCAAUAUGGCCUGUUUCCAGGAGAUAUGUGUGUCUAUCAGCAACGAUAAAAAUCUUGGACAGGUAUUAUUGCACUGCUUGUAUGAUUCCGACCCUCCAACUCUGCUGGAGAUAAGUAGGUUGUUGCUUACUUGCCUUUCCCAGACUGAAGUGGCCCAUGUCUGGGUUGGAAGGAUUCAGGAAUACCCAUCUAUAUAUGAUAGCAUUUGCUUCAUCAUGGCAAGUUCAACAAACGUUGACUUGCUGGUGAAGAUAGGGGAGGUUGUGGAUAAGCUCUUUGACUUGGAUGAGAAACUGAUGUUGGAAUGGAUUGGAAAGGGGAGAGCUCAGCCUGGGGAGCACCCCCAGCCAGAUUCUGAAGAGCAGCAAGUGUGUAGGCUUGUGCCCUGUGUCCUUGAAGCUGCCAAACAAGUGCGUUCUGAAAACCUAGACGGGCUGGAUGUCUACAUGCAUAUCUUACAGCUACUAACCACAGUGGACGAUGGUAUUCAAGCAAUCGUGGAGUGCCCUGAUACUGGAAAAGACACAUGGAAUUUACUCUUUGACCUGGUCUGCCAUGAAUUUUGCCAGUCUGGUGAUCCACCCAUCAUCUUUCAUGAGCAGAAAAUGGUGCUAGCCUCGGUUUUCUCCGUGAUGUCGACCCUCAGUGCUUCCCGGGGUGACCAGGACUAUCUAGAGAUGGAGAAAGUAGCAUUUCCUCUGAUCGACAGCCUGACUCGAGUCUUACAAAUGCUGCAGCGUUACCAGAAGAAACCCGAGAACUCUAAUGGCGACGAGACCGAGAAGCCUGACUUAAAGGGAGAUGAUUUACACUGGAACAUCUUAAAGGAUAUUUCCUGUGAAUUUCUUUCUAAUAUUCUUCAGGCAUUGACAAAGGAGGCUGUGGCCCAGGGUCUAAAGGAGGGCCACUUAAACCAGCAGAAGUGUUCCUGUGCAGUUAAGAACCUCCUUCCGUCGUACAGCCCUGUAGUGGCAGACUUCCUUAAAGUCCUACAUGAUGUCGAUAAGACCCUGGCUGAUGACUUGAAGAAAAGCUUCCCAAGUUUGAAGGAUUCGACUUAAAAAUAGCAUUGGAAUUUUCUCUGCCCGUGAAAUCAACCUCAUUUUCCUUCCUAACACUUGAAAUUGACACAUGGGAAACAGCAAAGCCCCUAUCAGGCCAUAAUUGUCUGCGGUUACACUCCUGCCCACCGUCCUCCCUCUGCUCUGUCUCACAUUUGAUUGAGCCUUAGAAUCUGCCGUUCAGAUCAUCCUCACCUUCACACUUCAGCACAAACCACCACCGGCCCUGUCUUCUUUACAUGGAGAACACGAAGAUGUAAAUCUGUUCUGAGGAUCUUGUCAGCAUCUUUGAGGAGUUGGCGAGGACUCUACCUCUUCCAUUUUGAUUUCUGUGUGAGAAUUUUGUAUUUGCUACCAGUGCAUUCGGCUGCACUCAAGGAAACCCUGCUGUCGUGGUGUAAACGGAUAGCUUCUCGUGUCUGAUGCAGCAGAGGUGCAUGGUCCAGGCCUGUGACAGAGUCUCAGGGCCCCUGACUCCGUUCUCUUUCCACCUGGUCUGCCAGGUAGGCCUUUGUGUUUAUGUUCAUUGUCAUGGUUACAGAGGCUCACUUUUCUGGGAGGAAAAUCGAGAAAAAGGCCAAGCGGUUUUUCUGUUUGGGAAACAGUGUUGUACCCUGUG